GCGCAAAUGAAUGAGUUGUUUGUGUAUAGGGGGUUUAAAUUCAAAUCGUUGAGACGUCAAAAUAUUGUUCACUUAAUUAAAGAACAUGAUAACGUUCACUAUAUCAUUCUUACUUUCGUUUUCUAUUGCUAAAAAGAAACCAAAAUCAAAAGAAAAAGGAAGUAACAAGGUUAAAGAGAAGAAAGGCAAAGAUAAAAUCACAGAGAAAAAGCCUAUUGAAACACAAAGCGUGGAAGAACCAUCAACAAUAGAAUUUAACGCAACAAAUAUAUUAUCUGCAGUUCAUAUACAUUACGAAUUAAUCCCUAAUCGAUGUAAAUAUGAGUUAGAUGUGGUUUGUUGGGGACCAGUAGCAAAAAUCCUGACAAACGAUAACCAGAUUCUUGUUUAUACAGUUAUUAGAGAUGACACAAUAUGGAUACCAAUUCGCAUGGAGCACUACGUCGAAUCUUUAUCUAUUAAGGAGAUUAAAACCUUCCAUAAUCAAAUAAUCGAAAUCCAUAUCACAAACAACAUACAAAAAGCACCCGGAUUAUUCAAAACAGAAAAUAUUGUGAUACAAAAAGAUGAAAUAAUUAACGAAGAUCAAAAAUUCAAAUGCAGAGACAAAUUCGAGUAUGUUAUAGGAGAUUCGGAUCCUGCUAACGCAUCAAGAUUAUCACUAGAACAUUAUAUUAGAAAUAUAAUUAUUAAAUGUGCGAAUUUUCCGAAAGGUGAAACAGUUUCUUGGCUAAAUGACAAUAAUAAUUUCGAUAUAUUUUACGAUGUGUUGAAAAACUUUUACGCUGGUAAGUAUAUAAAAAUUAACGAACUCAUAUAUCCCUGUUCACAAAUUCAAAUAGAAGAUGAAGAAGAACCUAAAUCUAAGUCUAAGAAUAAGAAAAAACAAAAACCCGACAAGAAAAGCCUCAAAGAAAAAAAGAAAAAAACACAAGAUGAAACGAAAACUAGAGAUAAGAUCAUCAUAAGCAUUCCUGCAGAAAUAUUCUUCACGGAGUUUAGUAUGGGCACUUUUCGCGUUGUAAGCAAAAACAAUUUUGUUGAUAGUGCCUUCGUUUUCGUUUCGGCUAACAAUCUCUUAUCAAGAGCUCAGAAAAUUUCAUUAAAUCCAAUUGUAGUUAAGAUCUUCAAAAUUGAAAAUUUACCAGCGGAUCAGUUGAGAAAAUUAGGCUUCGAAAGUAUUUUUGCUUCAUAUCGCAUUUCUGAUAUACUCAAAUGUACAACUAAAGAAAAACCUUUAAGUGAGAAUAUUUAUUUCAAUGAAGGUCAUAUGCAUUUUAUGGAUUACAUACCAAAAAUUAGAUUGAUAGAAAGCAUACAAACCAAUAGAUUUUUUGUGGAAAUUUAUGGGAAUAAGAAAAUUAAAAAAGAUAAUUCAAAUUGUGAUUUAUUCGGUCAUAAUUUCGAAGACUACAACAUAAGCAGGAUCGGACCAGCUUUCGAACCUUUUAUCGAACCUGUCGAGACGAAUUUACCAGUGCUUCUAGCUGUAAGCGUUUUUGAUAUCAGUUCGAUAGUAGCAAACAUUUGGGAUUUUAGAGAAAUAGGACAAUGCCACGCUCCUAAUUUAACUUUAUACACCGAUUCCGACUACUAUACUUUUCGCUAUACUGAUACAAAAAAUGUUAAUGAUAUUAACAUUAUAAAAGACCUGGUUAAUACAAAUGAGAUAUCUGAAGCUACAUUUUUAGAAUUUGGUACCACUGUUUCUAUCGAGGUUUAUUUAAUGGCACCACAAGCUCCUAGUCUGGUUUAUCAUCACGUUCCCGAAACAUACAAAAGGCUUUUUUUCAUCACAGAUAAUAAAGUUUUCGCAGAAAUUUUGUUUAACCAAAUAUUCAAUCAUAAUAGCGUUUUCUUCAGUAAUAAAUCUGAACACGAUGAAGUAGAAAUGAACAAGCUGGAUAUUCUCACCGGUUUCGUCUUAGAUAAUGGCAAUAGUUAUUUUUUCUAUGUAGAAGGUCCAUCAACUGGAUUCAUUUUGAAUUUAUGGCAUAUGAUACAAGAGUCUUGUCCUAUUUUGAAUUCGAGACUGGCUUUAGAACAAUUUUCAAUUACUGGAAUUCGUUUAACUAAAGGAAGAGUUUUUUUCAACACAGAUAACGCAUUUGAAAAAAGACUAUAUCCACAUUUUAUAUUUACCGGAUUGUACGUCAUUGUUUUGAAAAUACCUUUACAACAAAUUUUAGCUAUUCCAAAUGUAUACUGCAGGAAAAAAACUCCAAGACCUUGUUUGAACGCUUUAUCAAAAUUAUCAUUGUUAUUCGAUUCAAAUCAUUAUCAAAGAAUUUUGCAACAAAACUUACUGCCCUCACGUCAUGAGCUGAUAAGUAUGAAUUUAGAAUGGGGAGUUUCUACAAGAUGGAAAGAAAUUGUCGAUUAUUGAAAAUUAUAAACUUUGAUUUUAGUUCUAUACAAAAAAUAAAUUUCAAAAAUCCGAA